AUCUAGAUCUAUUUCUAGACUCUGAACAGUGUAUAGACCUACAUAACACCCACAUAUUGAUUAUCACCUCUACACUUAGAGAGAUACGUUCAAAGGGACACCACUCGCGACUUAUGCUUGUAACUACUAUAAAUAUACCGAGCUUUGUUUAUCGUGUAAACAAGAUACCAAACGAUGGACUUAUCAAAGAACUGAAAGAAAUGUUGAAAGCGGAUAGGAGAACAAGAGGUCCAGCUAACCAUUACAUUUCAUCUUGUUUAAAAUAUCUCCAUGACCACACACCAUUUGUUUGGUUAUGCGCUAAAAUCACGUUCAUUACUUUGUUCUUCAUCUAUGUUGCCAUACCAGUAUUUGUGAAAGCUAAUCAAUGGAUCAUGCCCAGAAUCAUCUUUUUAAAUAUAGUUCGAUGGCCCCCAUUCACUGAUUUGACAAAACCUCAUGACUUUGGUCUCAACAACACAAGAAAUUUUUACCUCAACACACAAGAAGGAGUCAAAAUUGGAGUUUGGCAUGUCCUGCCUGUGAGUGUACAAAGUGAUUCGAACAACAUUCCAUGGGACAAGUUUGAAGACGAGCUCAGCAACGGAAAGAUGGUCUUUUUAUAUCUACAUGGUAACAGCGGCACAAGAGGGUCUUACCAUAGAGUUCAAUUGUAUAAAAUUUUGGCACAACUUGACUUUCAUGUGAUAGCAAUAGACUAUAGAGGUUAUGGUGACUCAACAGGACACCCAACUGAAAAUGGAGUUGUCUUUGAUUCAUACACAAUAUACAAGUGGUUAAAAAGCAGAGUUGGUGAUUCCAAAAUAUUUUUAUGGGGACAUUCUUUAGGAACAGGGGUAACUGCCAAGCUGGCUAAACUUCUAUGUGAGGAAGAAGACCAUCCUGCUGGUAUAGUUCUAGAAGCACCUUUUAAUAACAUCAGAGAUGCAGCCUUCCAUCACCCCUUCUCAGCGCCAUACAGAAGUUUGCCUUACUUUGAAUAUGUCUUUGUGGAUCCACUUAAAGAGCAUGGCCUGUUUUUCAACAGUGAAGAAAACCUUGCCUCGGUGAUUCCACAUAUAAUGAUUCUCCAUGCUGAGGAUGACUUGAUUGUUCCAUUUCAUCUUGGUGAAAAGCUGUAUGCCAAAGCUAAAGAAAGCAGAGGACAUGACAAAGUUCAGUUUGUUUCAUUUGAAGCGAGCCUUGGCUAUGGACAUAAACUGAUUUACAAAGCUCCUCAACUGCCUAGUUUGAUUAGAGAAUUUGUGGCCAAAUCCAAGUAAACCAAUCCAGUCCAUAAAUCUAUCAACACAUUCCUAGCAUCUGCAAUGCAAAUUGACAAUUUAAUCCAAUGAACUGUUAGAUUUGUAUAAAAAUCUAUUUUACAUCCUUAUUAUAAAUAGCAAUAAUGACAUUUCAAAAAUACGAAACCAACCUACUUUUUUUUUUCUAAGAACAUGAUAUGAAUUAGUCUUUCUUUUAAUAUUGGCGUUCCAUUUGUGUUCACCAUCUAACUGUUUCCUUGCCAUUGGUUGCUUCAUGAAAGACAAUAACCAAGUCAUAUUUUUUCCUAGUAUCUUUUGUAAGUCAAUCGUUGAAAUGUAUUUGUGACAUCAAGAUGAUAAUAAGAGUAUUACUUUUCAUUGUAUUUUUGCCACAAUCUCAUCCUGUACAUAAACUGUUUUAAUCAAAAUGAGGCACCUGGUGUCUUUGUUUCAAUGAAGGUCAGUUGCUGAAUCUAUGUCUGGGGGGUUGAAUAUCACACUCAGAAGUAAUAUAAAAAGUUUAAAAUACUUUGUAUAUAGUUGUUAAACCCUAGGCCUUAGGAAAAAAUAUUUUUAAACCUCUUUUAUUAUUAGUAACAUCUGAAGUUUGAAUUUAUAGAAUGACUAAAACGGACUUCCCUCAUUUGGUAAUUUCAUUUCAGUAUACCAUUUGUGUUAUAAUAAUUUAAAAAUAUAACAAGCAAGAAAAAAAAUUGACUCAAAAACAAAGAGCUACAAUUUCUUUCAGUUGAACAAAUAAUUUAAUUAAAAAUUAUUUUUUUUUUAUUCCUUUUAAAUAUUUUUUUUUUUAUUCCUGGUACAUGUUUUUUUUUAAAUUCUUCUUUGAAACUGAAUGUGCGCCUGUAUAUUGUUUCCAUAAACAAAUAAAGCUGUUAACUAAGAUAAUUGUAACCAAAGUGAUCUGCUAUUUGAUUGAUUAUCUAGCAAUAGAGACUCGCUAAUUGCUAAAACUGUGACUAUAUAACUAAGGUUUUGUAUUUAUAUUUAUGUAACAUUUUUUAAAACAAAUUGUCACUGUAAUAGUUGUGUAAGCCUGUAGGAUCUGCAAGUUUAAUCUGCAGAAUAAGAUAUUAGGGACAACUCUUGAAUAAAACAUUACAAUUAUUCUCUCCCCUCUGAAUUUUAAAUAAAGACUGUAGUAACUGCA